GGAGCGCGGCGGCGGCGGCGGAGCGGUGCGGGGCGGCGGGCGGGGCGGGCAGCAUGGAGGAGCUGAGCAGCGUGGGCGAGCAGGUCUUCGCCGCCGAGUGCAUCCUGAGCAAGCGGCUGCGCAAGGGCAAGCUGGAGUACCUGGUGAAGUGGCGCGGCUGGUCCUCCAAACAUAACAGCUGGGAGCCAGAGGAGAACAUACUGGACCCGCGGCUGCUCCUGGCCUUCCAGAAGAAGGAACAUGAGAAGGAGGUGCAGAACCGGAAGCGCGGCAAGAGGCCCAGGGGCCGACCCCGGAAGCACACGGUGCUGUCCUCCUCUGGUAGGCGCUCCAAGCUCAAGGAAUCCGACACACAGUCCAAGUGCAAGUCCAGCAGCUCCUCCUCCUCCUCCACGUCGUCCUCCUCUUCCUCAGAUGAAGAGGAUGACAGUGACUUGGAAGCCAAGAGGGGAUCCCGGGGGCGUGAGACCCACCCGGUGCCCCAGAAGAAGGCACAGAUCCUGGUAGCCAAGCCCGAGCUGAAGGACUCUGUCCGCAAGAAGCGGGGCCGCAAGCCGCUGCCCCCGGAGCAGAAGGCGGCACGCAGGCCCGUAAGCCUGGCCAAGGUACUCAAGACGGCCCGCAAGGACCUGGGGCCGCCGCCGCUCAGCGCCCCCGUGGCCGGCCUGGCGGCCCUCAAGGCCCACACCAAGGAGGCCUGCGGGGGCCCCAGCACCGUGGCCACCCCCGAGAACCUGGCCAGCCUGAUGAAGGGCAUGACGGGCAGCCCCAGCCGCGGCAGCAUCAGCUGGCAGAGCUCCAUCGUACACUACAUGAACCGCAUGAGCCAGAGCCACGCCCAGGCGGCCAGCAGGCUGGCACUCAAGGCCCAGGCGGCCGGCAAGUGCAACCUGGGGCUAGACCUGAAGGUGAGGACGCAGAAGGGAGAGAUGAAGGCCAGCCCCCCGGGAAGCAAGGGCUCCAAGACCCCUGGAAGCAGUGUGGCUGUGGAGCAGAAGGCAGGGGGCACCGCAGGGGCACCCCUCGCCCACAGUGGCAGCAAGGUCCCCAUGGGCAGCUUGGGGUCCCAGUCGGCCCCCACCCAGGAGCUGAGCCUGCAGCUGUUAGACUUGCAGAGCGUCAAGAACGGCGUGCCUGGCGUGGGCCUGCUUGCCCGCCAUGCCCCAGGCCCCAAGGCUGUGCCUGCCAGCAGCACUGCCCCGGGGAAGGGUGCCUCAAGUGGCCCGGCAGCGGGGAGCGGGGCCGGUAUGCCCUCUGCCGACACCAGCAAAAGUGAGAGGCUGGCCUCCAGGGCCCCAGCUGCAGCCACGGGCAAGAGGGACGGGGCCAAGGGUACCGCUGCCCCUGGCGGGCAGGAGGCACCUGCGGCUCCUGCAGAUGGCCGGAAGGCAGCCGCUUUGUCGGAGAUGAGCACGGGCGAGGAGAACAGCAGCUCCGACUCGGACCCCGACUCAUCCUCGCUGCCCGGCGCUGGCCACAACCUCUCCGUGUCCGUCCAGACCAGCCAGGACUGGAAGCCCACCCGCAGCCUCAUCGAGCACGUCUUUGUCACAGAUGUCACUGCCAACCUCAUCACGGUCACCGUCAAGGAGUCCCCCACCAGUGUGGGCUUCUUCAACCUGAGACAUUACUGAAGCUGCCACACAAUGGGUGGGGCUCUUCUCCCCCAUCACCACCCUGCCCUGCAACACGGGCAGGGAGCCGCAGUCCCCCACCGUCCUACCUCUCUGGGCCUCUGCCUGGCCCUGCUUUUCCACUAAGGAAGUCUUGGUGGAGCCGGGGACAUGAGCCAUGGGCCCAGCUCCCCGGGUGAGCAGGUCCUCCCGCUGCAGCCUCGCUGCCCUGUCCUGGGGUGCACCAUGGGGGAUGGAUACAGAGGAUCCCUGCAGGUGUUCUGGCUCCAGACUAGACUGGGAAGAAGGGGGCAGGAGUGUCCCCACCCACCCAGAGCAGUGCCUGAGCAGCUGAGGGUCAUGGCUUUAAUGUCAGGACAGUUGCUGGCAGUUGCUGGGGCACAGUCAGGACCCCUAAAAGUGGGCGACCUGGC